AUGGCGACGCGACGUGAGAAUGGGAUGGGUAGCAUGCUGAGGCGGAAGCAGCGUAGCGAGCAUUCGUCACCUUACAAGCGCCGACACGCAGCACCUACGAACAACAAACUCCAGUCGUCGUCAUCGCUCUCCUCUUUUCUUUCUUUUAUCUCCGGUGCAUUCCGACGUAAGCCUGAGAGGGUAGAGCCUGAGAGCGAGCAGAGCGAGGAUGGGGAUACGACUGGCACUGACCUCGAUGAGCAGCCAGAGUCCGAUCCGGAGCUUGGUCCGAGGUAUGGGAGGAGAAUAGAGCGGGACAAUAAGGCCGCGGAUUCACUUUCGCGCUUGGGCCAAACACUCCAACAAUCGGCACCAAAACCAAAAGUGCUCCCACCAUCGUCGAUUCUUCCGUCAGCAGACUCUGGCAUCAAGACAUCUGCUUCUACAUCUCAUAUCGCACCUCCAACGCGACCCCGUCGUGCUGCUCAGCCAUCCUUUGCAACUGUCUCUCGAACCCCGGCCAAACGCCCUGAACGCCCGAUCUUCCCGGGUGGAAUCAAGUCCUUUGGAGGCUUGUCCCCUACCGCCGAACCCAGCUCCCCACCGUUCACAUCCAACAAUCCUCUCGAAAACUCCUUUGCCGCUAACCGCCCACCCACCUCUAAAUUUACCUUUGUCGCCAAGCCUCCCUCGGAAACCGCCAAAACCAGCUCGGAGAUUCUCGCUGAUUUUUUCGCCUCCAAGGGCAAGGCCCCUCUCACUGCCGCCGAGCGGAAACAUGUGGCCCAGCUUAUCGCCGCGUCAGAUGCCGAGUCGUCCAAGUCCCAAUCACCGGAUGCGGAUCCAUACAAUGGUGUACCGUCGUUUUCGUUCCUCAAGGCGACAUUCCCUGCUCCCGAACGGGACAGCACAUCUCCCUCGAGUUCACUCCAGGCUUCCGAAUCCGCACCCUCGAUUGGAUCCAGCGUUGCCCCUCGCAAGCGCCGACCAAUCAACUACGGUGGUGUAUCUAAACGUUCGGCUGCGAUUACCAAAGCUGGCUUUACCUUGCGUGAACACCAAAAGCUCUUGGAGAAGCAAAAGGCCACACAGGAGAACGUGGCCCCAGACCUGAGCAGUGUGGGUGAUAAACGAGGUGUGCGGGAUGCAGAAGAAGAUGGGGGUGGAAAGAGGAGGCGAACCAAUGACGGCCAGAGUGCCGCCGCUGAGGAACCAGCUGCUAAAACCGGAGUGACCAAGCUGCUAAACUUGAACGCUCAGCCCAGCAUGCCUUCUCCCCUUCGGCAAAUGACUAAACUUAACUCGCCCUCUCCGCCUCGAACCGCGCCUCGUGCGCAAGCUCCUUCUCCUGCGUCCCCUCUUUCCCGAAACAUUACUGAGGAGGUAGCCACCCCCAAGGCUACCGCUGUGUCAGCCUCGAUCGCUUCACCCUCCAAGCCGGCUUCGUCCCAGACCACGGCCAAACCCAAAGCUCGAAAGAGCCUCGUGGCUGACGUCAUGCGUGACAUGCUUGCUGAGGAUAAGGCUCGCGAGAAACAAGAAAAGCCUGUUGACACGACUGUGUUUGCGAAUCCGUAUGAAGAUAAUAGUGUGCUGCCUGCUGUCACGGCACCCAAAGUUCGGAAGCCCAGACGGACAAGUGCAAGGCCCGCGGCAAGGAGCAGUGCUUCUGUUGCCAAGCAGGAAAGCAAGCCUAAAUCCUUGAUUGAAAAGAUUGAACAGACGGAUGUGCGCCCGAGCGCAAAGAAAACGAAAACUGAUGUUGAUGCUUCCACCCCUGGUCCCAAGUUCACAGUUACUGCAGCUACACCCAAGGAUACAACUCCAAAGGCGCGUCGUCCUGCACCCGUGGUCGAAGAGCCCUCAGUGCCUACCGAAUCGAGCGAGAUCGAGGUUAUCGAUAUGGACGAGGAGCUCAAGCACAAGUCCGGUUCGAAUGGCCGCCCAGCGCUCUCUGUCGAUGUGGCCAACAACAACGGCAGCAACGGCAGCGGAAACAAGGCAAACGGAAUGCUCGGACUUCCUCACAGGCAACGACCUUCGUUCUCAUUGCAUUCUCCUGCCCGACCAAGCCCACUGCGCGAGAUGAGUGUGCCUAUCGAGGACGAGGAGGAUGAAAUUGUGGAGAUCCCAGGCCCAACGAAUGCUCCGUUCACUAACGGAUUCCAUACUUCGGCCAAUGUGUUCCCCAGCACUACUCCCUUCUCCAAUGGAUUUCCGACCAAUACUUCUUCGAACAUCUUCUCUGCUCCUGUCCCCCCAUCUGCUCCUACCAUCACCCCCGCCCAGCUGCCCAACAAGACUCAGGCACCAAAGAUCGAUGCUCCUCUAUUUGGCCCCAGCAAACCAUUGGCAAAGCCGGAUACCCCCCUAUUCUCUACAGCACCCAAGCCCGCAGAAUCCAAACUCCCGGAGCCCAAAUCUCAUGGGUCUUCCUUGUUUGCCGCCCCCAAGCCAACUGAGAACAAGACCGAGGUCCUUUCGUUUUUCAAGCCGUCGAAGCCUGUCGAGACUAAACCUGCACCUGUGGCCGAGACAAAGCCCGCUCCUGCUUUUGCUCCUGCUCGUGCACCGGUAGCCGAGGUCAAGCCUACCCCGGCCCCAGUUCUAGAGACGAAGCCCACUCCCGCUCCCAAAGCUACUCCCUCCAAACCUCUGUCCGAAACUGAACUCAAGGCAUCCGCGCAAACCGUACCCGUAUCUGAGCUCCCCGUAUUCACAUUCACAGCCCCCAUCGCUACCUCGACCCCAAAGACGACAGAAGCCCGCACCGCGGCCAACUUGCCCAUUUCGAAGCUUCCCGUCUUCACGUUUGGUUCGUUGGCACCUGCCCCAGCCACCAAGACUGCGUCGUUCAACUGGGGCGCGGCCGGAGUCAAGGCCCCCUCGGCGUCAUCUGGUGCUUCGUGGGCUUGUGAUGUGUGUAUGUUGAGCAACCCUGCGAGUGCGACCGAAAAGUGCACAGUAUGUGAUGCGAAGAAACCUGGUGCUUCCGCUGCUCCUGCUCUUGCCCCUGUUUCCGCUCCUUCGGCCCUUGCUCCGGCUGCAAAGACUGCGUCGUUUGAUUGGGGUGCAGCUGGGAUGAAGGCGCCUACUACCCCUGCUACUGGUUCCUGGACAUGCGCGACCUGCUCUCUGUCCAACCCUGCGAGCGCAACCGACAAGUGCACGGUUUGCGACGCAAAGAAGCCUGGUGCGGCACCUGCUACCAAGGCCGCCUCCUUUGAUUGGGGUGCGGCUGGAAUGAAGACUCAGGCUACAUCGACUGCAGGACAAUGGACUUGCUCGACAUGCUCGUUAUCCAACCCUGCUACUGCCACUGAAAAGUGCACAGUCUGCGACGCCAAGAAGCCUGGUGCUGCACCACCGACCAAGACAGCGUCGUUUAACUGGGGCGCCGCGGGGAUGAAAUUGCCUACAGCAUCCGGAGCAUGGACGUGUUCCACCUGUGGACUAUCAAACUCGGACGCAUCCGCGACCAAGUGUUCCAUCUGUGAUGCGAGUCGAUAA